AUGGACAUGGAGGCGCUGUAUAAAAAACGAAACAGGGUUCCAGCGCUGUGUCUGGUAUGUCGCCGACGGAAAAACAAGUGCGAUCGUAUUCGUCCAGUGUGUGGAACCUGUAAAAAGAAGUCGAUCUCGCAUCUUUGUUUCUACGAGUCCGAUAAAUCUAAGCCGACCGAACCAUACUAUGAGGACGAAGUGACGUCAACCCCGAACCAAAGCGGGUAUUCGCCGCAAGCCAGUCCGUACCAGAGCCACCAAAACCAAAUCAAUCAAAAUCAAAACCCGAACCAGAUCAAUCAAAACCAGAUCAAUCAACACCCAAACCACCACCACCACCAUUCUCAAAUUCAAAUCAGUCCAAACCAUCAGCCCCAAAACCUCCCACCCAAUGCUCAGCCCAUCCCAAACCAACCCCAGAACCUUCACCAACCUCCCCUCCAAUCUCCGCUCCACCAGUCCAGUCUUCUCCAGUACAACCAGUCUCCCAUUCACCACUAUAACCCCCACAAACCGCUGAAACUAUCCCUCCCCAGCCCUGGCCUGUUUCCUCGCCAACACCUCCCUCCUCCAACGAGAUACGGAAUGCAUCAGUCGUACGACUCACACUCAAAACCCUCAACGGGCUCCAAUCCAGGUUCAGUUUCCGGUUCAAUGUCCGGUUCCAUGUCCGGGUCGAUGUCGGGUUCUAUAUCUGGCCCCAUUACCAGUUCAAUUCCCGGUUCCGUUUCUGGGGCUCCUUUGCUGUCACACAGUUCUCCUGCCCAGAAUCUUCCAGCAGUCACAGCAGAAAACGAUGCUAAAAUUCUUCCUCCACUUGGCUACGGCAGUCCUGGUUCCGGACCGCAAAUGGCUUCGUCUAACAGAAACGAAUCGCAAUCUUCAAAACUGGGUGCAUCUCCUUAUGACCCUCAUGUUGGCCUCACGACAAACGUAGCCGUUGGAACCACCCCGGGUACUUCUCCCGAGUCUUCCCGGAGCUCCAAUCAUGGCUCAAAUCGAGGCUCCCAUGUCAGUGGCUCACAUAAAAGUGUCCAGCUUGCACCUCUCCAGGAUACUCGUUUAGUUGCCGUACCCAUAGGCUCCAAUUCGGUGCUUCGGAUCAACCCAGACGACGCCAUGGAUGUGUUUUCCAACGCUUCUUAUUCUCUCAUGGUGGAAGGCUCCAUUUGGUCGCAGCAAGGCCCGCUUUCGUAUAUUGGUCUCGUGAAAAGUGAUCCGUUCAUGAAGCUCAUUCGACACUACACAAUCACAAUUUUCAUGUCUGGAGAAAUGUCUCAGUUCAUUCACAAAGACCGCAUAAAGCGUCGAGAAACCGCCAACAAGAGACGAAAACGGUCGUCGGUUUCAGACUUGAAGACAGAGGCUAACGCUUCCAAAGAUACAAGCACAGACGCUUCUCCUUCUAGUCAGGCCGGAGACGAUGAUGUGAGAGUAAGCGACAGCUUAAUAGUAACCAAAAUUGGUGCUCUGGCCGAAGAAAAUGAAGAGUCUGGCUCUUCUACACCGCCUUUAAUUCCGGGUCUUCAUCGCUUAACCGGACUGAAACGUGAGUACUACAACAUUGUGGAACAGGCAGCCAUAGAUAUUCUUCCUGCGAAACACAUCGCAGCGAUGCUUUUCUUCCAAUUUGUCAAAUACGUGCAACCGUUCAUUCCAAUCAUAUCUGAGUCCACCAUUUUGAUCGAUGUUCGACCAGUGAUGCCUGGAUUUCCAGAAUUUAAAGAUGAAAAGUUUCUGUCGCUUUCCAUCAAAAGUGACCAUUCUCUUCACGUAUUGGGGAUCUUUCUUCUCGUGUUGCGGUUGGGCUACAUGAGUUUGGUUCACACCAACGAGGUCCAAUACUCCAAAGAUGAACUCACAAUGAUUUCGUAUAUGAGAUCAAUUCUGAAUCGCCGGUAUAUGGCGGUGGUGGGCAUCUGUCUUCCCGAUGGCCUUACUACCAUGUCGCUGUCCAAAUGCUCAAUCAAAGAGUUACAGUGUCUUACUCUACUUCAUUUUUACAGGCAGGUAGCACCAGACGAUGGUCAUGGCCUAGGCGGCGCCGACUCGCUGGUCUUGUUGGGUACAAUCAUCCGCCAGGCUAUUUCCAUUGGCCUCAAUCGUGAUCCUUCCAAGUACGAAGCGCAUGAAAAUAUUCGCAAACAGACGAAUUUGGUGAGCGACUGGCGCCAUCUUUGGAGUUAUUUAUGUGACGUUGACGCAGUGCUGGCUAUUCACUGCGGGUCUAUCCCCAAUCUUCCGUCGCUAGAAUUGAGUGAUGUUAGACCACCAGAGUACGAAAACAAACUGGGUCAAACUGACCUGGUGAUGGCCAAUAUUAAGGCUAUAAAUGCAGUGUACCGUCGUAUUUGCAAUAUGAUUACCGAUGUGCAAAAAUUGCCCAAGAUUGUCGAUAUCUUAUUGAAAGCCAACGAAUUGGAGAAGAUUUUCCUUGAAUUUUUCGGCAAGGAUUUCUUCAAUGAAUACAUUUGCAAUCCGCAUGCAAACCCCAAGUCGUCUCUGGCAAAGGGAAUUGGGUCAACAGAAUACGAGCUUCUGUACUUGAAAGUCAUCAAGUUCAACACAUUUAUUCAGCUCCGCAAUAACUUGUCAUGUUUGUACUACAAAGUUGCCAUUCAUUAUGAGCAACAGUAUGAUAAAAUGGGCACACCUUCGAUGAUGGCAGCGAUAGAGCUAUUCAAGAUCUUUGUCAAAAGUGUGGUUCAGCUCGUAUAUAUCAUGUCCUACACUUUAGACCAUCUGGUUGAGCUUUUUGGGAGAUGCUACGACUUUAUUCUCACCGCCAACAACGAACGGUGUAUGAUCAAAACCCACAACUUUAUCUCGUCAUUUUUCAUCCGGCUUAUUCACCACAAAAAAGUUCUUGACGAUCGGGUGAAAGCUGCAAAAGAAUCAGGAGUUCCCGACGAGGCGACAAUUCAACGUGCACAAGUCAUCGAUAAUCUCUUCCAGAUGAUAAUUGUGGAGGCUGAACUUUUCGUUGGAAAUUUCCGCAAACUCAGUCGUACCUAUAUCAACUCGUAUAGGUUAUAUGUGAUGACAUAUUUGGUGUUGAAGCAGUGCAUGGAGGAUGUCGAAGUUUUUUUCGAGAGAACAGCCGACUCUCUUUACCAUAGUGGCACCAAUAUGCUUGAAUUUUUCACCCACGAGGAAUUGGAACACUUGCAAAAACUUUGUGAAGAAUUCAGAUUUGCAAAGCACAAAAAUGAAGAACGGCACAGAAAGCGAGAUCUUGACGAGUCGAGCCAUACUCAUUUUAAUGUGGAAACAAUGCCUAUGGGCGAAGAUGCUGCCAACAUCUUGUCGAGUCCUGAUGAUCCAUUUAUGAAUAUGAAUAUGCAAGAUAUGGGUACCGAUAUGAUGACCAACGACGACAUUGUACGAUUAUUUGAUAUGUAUGGAGAUGUGGACCGGCCGGCGUGGAGUGAUCUUUAG